AUGUUGGAAAUUCUGCGAUACCUACCCAUAGACAAUCGCUGUCGGGUACGGAGAGUUUGCAAAACUUGGAACCGAAUUGUUUCUGACAACUCUUUGUGGAGACAUGUUGAUCUGCUCGAGUACCGUCUUGACCUACGGACAAUGUGGAAGUUUGUCAGAACUCAUUUCUCUCCAUGUUUAUUAACAAUGAAGAUACAAGGCUAUGCACAAGCAGGAAACCACAAAAGAUGGAGGGCCUUGCUGUCUGACUCCAUGCUAAAAGAACUCGCUGCUUGUUGUCCAAAUCUAUGGCUGCUUCAUCUUCACGACUGUAGAACAAACAAUCUUUCCUUUGAGAGUCUUCCUCCGUCCAUCACCUGCCUAAAAAUUGUCAGCACCAUUUGGCGGCCUCGAUGGAUAAAAGAUAAACAGAAGCAUCUGGCAAAGCUGGAACACUUGACCCUAGAUAAGUCUGUGCGAGUGGAUGCCUAUGAUUUGGAGGAUAUUGCUUUCUGGAAGAACUUGAAGCGUCUGUCUCUCAUGGGUUGUUCUAGAAUUGGAAAAACACAUGUCGAAACCUUUGCUUAUAAUUUCACAGAGUUAGAGCUGCUAAAUCUGAGUGGUACUAACAUAAAUCAUUCUGCUCUCCAUGACAUUGCUCAUUACUUGAAGAAGCUGAAGGAACUAUACCUUGCUGGAAUCCAGUCAGUCAAUGAUGAAAUUGUUGCUUGUAUCGCCGAGGGACUUCCUGUUUUAAACAAGCUGGACCUUUCAUAUUGCGAAUUUGUCUCCCUAGAGGGACUAGAAUCACUGUGUGAUAGCAGACUUGCAGUACUGAUUUUCAAACACUUUCCUGCAUUGUCUGAGAAAGAUGUACAGGGUUUUAGAACUUCUUUCCCUGCAAAUUUUAUUUUAAUAAUUUAG